AUGGCGAGAAACGAUCCAUACCGUAUUGCAAGCACCUACUCCACCCUGCCUCCGCUAGAACUAAUAUCGCCAGCCCGUCGUGGCCGUAACAUCCCCCUACCCUCUCAAUCUCACGUCAAUAUCGACGUUCAACUCCACCCUCUCCUCGACUGUAACCCACGACACGCCAGUGCAAGCCAAGAAUUUCCCCCUUUGAGCUGGGAUCUAUCUUGGACUACCCAUGCCGUCGAACGACUUCUACGACAGCGGGAGAAUAGACACGUCCUUGUGCCGUACAUGAGGGAUCUAGCGACAACUCCUGGCUUGCCGUCAAUGACAAUAGUCCAUCCAUGUUUGGCCUGGCCUAUAACCGCCCAUUCAUCAUUGAUUGAUGCAAAUGGUGUCACCAUCGCUGAUGUUCUCCUGGCUAUUUGCGGAGCGAUGAAGGAGAAGGAUUAUGAUGGGUGGGGUGGUAUGCGCGGGGUCGAGAAACUGUAUUAUUUGGGGCGGAGGAAGAAGCUGGUUGGCUUGAUGAGAAGAGGGCCAGACGGGGAUAUCUGGGAGAUGUGGACGGAGUGA